UGGCGCUGGGACGUUCCCUUCUCGGCACUAUUUUCUUCCUCGAAUGAUAAGCAAGAGAAGGAAUAUCGAUUAAAAGGGUAACAAGCUUGACUCUGACAAUUGCAGUUAACAUCUACAAAAAAUCGGACAUGGAUAUAAAAUCAUUUCUGUACGAAUUUUGCGCCAAGUCGCGUAUUGAACCGAAGUUUGACAUUCGCCAAACGGGCCCAAAAAACCGUCAGCGCUUCCUAUGCGAGGUUCGCGUGGACCAGGACAGCUACAUUGGUGUGGGAAACUCCACCAACAAGAAGGACGCUGAGAAAAACGCGUGUCGUGACUUUGUCAACUAUCUGGUGCGUGUGGGCAAACUGAAUGCCCAGGAUGUUCCGGCGGAUGCUGGUGCUUCGGCGGGGGCGGGACCCAGGGUUGGUCAGCAGGUCGAGGGCGUAACAGCGGAUGGCGGACAUCAAAAGCGCGUGUUUGGUGGUCAGUCGGGUCCACAGGAUCUGGGCGAGGCGUAUCGACCACUAAACCUCGGGAGCGGACCCGAUGGCGGCCGCUUCAGCAUCAUCGACCAUGUGCAGGAGCAGAAGGACAUGAACGAGGCUGAGUCCAUCGAUGUUAACGCCGCUAUCCACGGGAACUGGACCAUAGAGAACGCGAAGGAUCGACUGAAUAUGUAUAAGCAAGCCAACAAUAUCCGCGACGAUUACAAGUAUACUCCAGUGGGCCCGGACCACGCUAGGAGCUUUAUGGCCGAGCUGUCCAUUUACGUGUCGGCUCUCAAACGCAAGGUGACGGCCCGCGAGACGGGCUCCAACAAAAAGUCGGCCAGCAAAUCUUGUGCAUUGUCCUUGGUGCGCCAGCUCUUCCAUUUAAAGGUCAUCGAGCCUUUCAGCGGAACGCUUAAAAAGAAAAAAGACGAGGAGCUAAAACCCUACCCGGUGAAGCUGCCUCCCGAGCUGAUUAACAACAUUGACGAAGUAAUCCAAGUGCUGGAUCUUCCUGUCGUAAAUCCGCGCAAUAUCAAAAUUGAAACGGACGGCGCUCCCAUUCCACUAAUUGUUAACGUCAACCGGAUUGACUCUAUACCACAAGAGGGAGAAAAGCGUCAGGAAAGCUCGGUGAUUCCCUGGGCACCUCCUCAGCCAAACUGGAACACCUGGCACGCCUGCAACAUCGACGAAGGAGAACUGGCAACCGCCUCUAUUGAUGAUCUUUCGUUGGAAUUCGAACGCUCGCUCCGAGAGCGUCGCCAGAAUGACGCUGAGUACCGACAAUUUCUCGAGUUCCGCGAUAAGCUGCCUAUUGCUGCCAUGCGAUCCGAGAUCCUAACUGCCGUCAAUGAGAACCCAGUUGUGAUCAUUCGCGGUAACACAGGCUGCGGCAAGACCACUCAGAUAGCCCAGUACAUUCUCGACGACUACAUCUCCUCCGGCCAAGGUGGCUACGCCAACAUUUACGUGACCCAGCCCCGUCGCAUCUCAGCCAUUUCUGUGGCAGAGCGCGUCGCCCGCGAGCGUUGCGAGCAGUUGGGGGACACCAUCGGUUACUCUGUGCGAUUUGAAUCGGUUUUCCCUCGGCCCUAUGGCGGCAUUCUCUUCUGCACCGUGGGCGUGUUGCUGCGCAAAUUGGAAGCGGGCUUGCGGGGAGUCUCGCACAUCAUUGUCGACGAAAUCCACGAGAGAGAUGUGAACAGCGAUUUUCUGCUGGUCAUUCUUCGUGACAUGGUGGACACUUACCCGGAUCUGCACGUUAUUCUUAUGUCGGCCACCAUUGACACUACACUCUUUUCCAAGUACUUUGGAGGCUGUCCCGUACUGGAGGUUCCAGGCAGGGCCUUCCCCGUGCAACAGUUCUUCUUGGAGGACAUUCUCCAGAUGACAGAAUUUGUACCCUCGGUGGAGUCGCGUCGGAAGCGCAAGGAGGCAGAGGACGAGGAGCAGCUACAGCUCUCGGAGAACAAGGAAGAGGCGGAGACCAACUGUAAUAAGGUGUGCGAGGACAAGUACUCACAGAAGACGCGCAACGCUAUGGCCAUGCUCUCCGAAUCGGACGUCAGCUUCGAGCUGCUGGAGUCGUUGCUGGUGCACAUUAAGUCAAAAAACAUUCCCGGCGCCAUAUUGGUAUUUCUGCCCGGCUGGAACCUGAUAUUUGCACUCAUGAAGUAUCUGCAAAGUACAAAUACUUUUGGCAAUUCUGCCCAGUAUCGAAUUCUGCCGUGCCACUCGCAGAUUCCGCGAGACGACCAACGCAAGGUGUUCGAGCCAGUGCCGGAAGGCGUCACCAAGAUCAUUCUCUCCACUAAUAUCGCAGAGACUUCAAUAACCAUUGACGAUAUUGUCUUUGUGGUGGACGUCUGCAAGGCGCGCAUGAAGCUCUUUACUUCUCACAACAACCUAACAAGCUACGCCACCGUGUGGGCCAGCAAGACCAACCUGGAGCAGCGCAAGGGCCGCGCCGGAAGAGUCCGUCCCGGCUUCUGCUUUACGCUGUGUUCGCGUGCCCGCUUCGAAUUGCUUGAGGAUAACCUCACGCCCGAGAUGUUCCGCACGCCUUUGCACGAGAUGGCUCUCACCAUUAAAUUGCUCCGGCUCGGCGCCAUUCACCACUUCCUAUCGAAGGCACUGGAACCGCCGCCAGUAGACGCUGUUAUCGAGGCGGAGGUGCUGUUGCGCGAGAUGCGCUGCCUUGACGUCAACGAUGAACUAACGCCACUGGGUCGCCUGCUGGCACGCCUCCCAAUCGAGCCGAGACUGGGGAAAAUGAUGGUGCUAGGGGCGGUGUUUGGCUGUGCCGACCUUGUCGCCAGCAUGGCCUCUUACUCUAGCACGUUCUCCGAGGUUUUUCAGUUAGAUAUAGGGCAACGUAGACUGGCUAAUCAUCAGAAGGCAUUAAGCGGCAGCAAAUGUUCUGACCAUGUAGCCAUGAUUGUGGCCUCGCAACUAUGGCAACGCGCCAAACAACGUGGUGAGCAGCAGGAGGCUAGCUUCUGCGAAUGGAAGGGUCUGCAAAUGUCGACUAUGAACGUAAUGUGGGAUGCGAAGCAGCAGUUGUUGGAUCUGCUUCUGCAGGCUGGGUUCCCUGAGGAGUGCAUGAUACCGCACGAGGUGGACGCAGAGACUAAUCGCGACGACCCAGUGUUGGACGUGUCGCUAGCUCUUUUGUGCCUGGGCCUGUACCCCAACAUUUGCGUGCACAAGGAGAAGCGCAAGGUGCUGACUACCGAGUCCAAGGCGGCCCUGCUGCACAAGACUUCUGUGAACUGUAGUAACUUGGCCGUCACCUUUCCGUAUCCGUUUUUCGUCUUCGGCGAGAAGAUUCGCACGCGUGCUGUUUCAUGCAAGCAACUAUCGAUGGUAGCGCCUCUACAAGUGAUGCUGUUCGGAUCGCGAAAGAUCGACUUGACCGCCAACAACAUGGUGCGCGUGGACAACUGGGUUAACUUUGAAAUGGAACCAGAACAUGCGGCGAAAGUCGGGGCCCUGAAACCGGCGCUGGAAGAUCUCAUCACGGUUGCUUGCGACAACCCGGCCGACGUGCUUCAGCUGGAGGAGCCCUACGCCAAGCUGGUCAGGGUAGUUAAGGACCUUUGUGUCAAGAGCUCCGGGGAUUUCGAACUGCAACGGGACGUGGGAAUUUUGCCGCAUCAAUCACGACAGGUUAGUUCCGGCGGUGGUCCAGCAAAACGUGGUCGCUUUGAUAGCGGUGGAGGAGGGCGCUUUGGAAACAGAGGUUAUAGCCACCGGGGAAUGACCAGCUUCGGCAAUGGAGGAAGUCGAGGCUUUGGAGGGGGAUAUGGAAGAAACGGAGGCUAUGGGAACGGCCGAGGUUAUGGAAAUUAUGGAGGAAGUUACGGAAAUAAUGUAGGAGGUUACGGAAACAAUCGAGGCUUUGAAAAUAUCAGUGGAUUUGGGCCUUCAGAAGGCGGCGUCGGCGGCGGUUUUGGAAGCAAUAGAGGUUCGGGGGGUGGCUUCGAAAACACUGGCGGAAAGGGUAACGGAGGCGCUAACCAAACUGGCAACUGGGGACGCUUUUAAGGAAUAAACACAUUUUCAAUUAAUUUGUAUGUUUUAAGCCCUAACGGAGAACGCGUGACUUUAUUUUCUAAUCACAUUUAGAAUUUGGUAUAUUAAUAAAAGACUUUAAGCCA